AUGGCCGCGGGCAGCGAGGCGGGCGGCCCGCGGGACCCCACGCCGGGCCAGCAGCUCCGCGCCCUCUUCUACGCGCUGCCGCCCGGCGAGAGCUCCUUCCGCUCGCUGGAGGAGGUGCCCGACUACGUGGAGAAGAGUAUUCCAUUCUUCAUUACUUUUAUUGGGCUGGAAUUUGCUGUCAGCUGGAUUCAGAAGCGUAAACUGUCGGGUCGGAUUAAUGAUGGCAUAAGUUCUCUUUCCUUAGGUAUCCUGUCUCGACUGCCAGAUGUUUUAUUCAGAAGUGUUGACUUAAUUAGUUACAUCUAUGUAUGGAAUAACUACAGACUCUUUGAACUGCCCUGGGACUCGCCAUGGACGUGGUAUUUGACACUUCUGGGAGUGGACUUCGCAUACUACUGCUUUCAUCGCAUAAGCCAUGAGGUUAAUAUAAUAUGGGCUGCGCACCAAGUACACCAUAGUUCUGAAGAUUACAACUUAUUCACAGCCUUGAGACAAUCUGUACUGCAGAAAUACACCUCCUGGAUGUUCAACUUGCCCAUGGCUCUUUUCAUUCCCCCUUCGGUGUUUGCUGUUCAUUUACAGUUUAAUCUACUUUACCAGUUUUGGAUACACACAGAGGUUAUCACCAAACUUGGGCCUCUGGAGUGGAUUCUUAAUACUCCCAGUCAUCACAGAGUUCAUCAUGGUAGAAAUCCUUACUGCAUUGACAAAAAUUAUGGCGGCACACUUAUUAUCUGGGACAGGAUAUUUGGAACAUUUGAGGCUGAAGAUGAAAAAGUUGUAUAUGGCUUAACACAUCCAGUAAAUUCAUUUGAUCCCAUCAUGCUCCAGCUACGUCCCUUGGCUCAUAUUUGGAACACAUUUUGGGCCACACCUGGAUUCUGCAAUAAGCUUUCUGUCAUAUUCAAAGGGCCAGGCUGGGGACCAGGCAAACCUAGACUUGGCCUUCCUGAGGAAAUCCCGGUGAUCACUGGAAAAGAAGUUCCCUUCAAUCCAAUUGUACCAGCUUAUCUUAAUUGCUAUGCAGUUGUACAUUUUGCUAUAAUAGUGGACUUGUACACUGAACUCCUUGCUACUGUGACUAUGUUAUCACAGGGAACUGUUCUCCUGAGAAUUGGCUUUAUCAUUCUGUCCCUGGCCUCUUUUGGACUACUUAUGGAGAAUAAGUCCAAAGCAGGAAUUCUGGAAAUCAUCCGCUGCUUAGUCUUCAUAGUUAUUUACAAACUUGGCUACUUUAGAAGUCAAUUUUCUUUCUUGGGCUAUGCAUAUGAGAUCUUGUUUUCCCUCUGUGCUGCAUUCUGGGGAAUCCAAAUCAUGAAGCGGAUCACUUCGUUCAAAGAUAAACGUCAUUGAAAGAGCAAAUCUAUCUCUUUAAUUAUGGAAACAGCACUUUGGAAUAAUGUUCUAAGUUCCUUGGAAUUAAUCAACCAUGAAUCUUACUGAAUUGCAAUCAGUUCACUUAUGAUAGGAGAGGUUUGUGAUUUGGUAAGAAUGUUUGAAAGCUUCUUUAGAGGGUGUAUUCAUUUUUAUUUGAUUUUUUAAAGAAAUAUUUAAUUUCUCCCCAAUUUAAAUAAAAUGUUCAUUCGCAACAUGGGUUUUUUACAUUCAUAGGAUUGCAAAUUUUUAGAAACCAUGUAAAUCUAAUUUCAUUUUUGCAGUAAUUUUGUUAGUAAUUAUAUGUGAAAAGUAUUUUUCACAAGAGGAAUUAUUAAAAUCAUAUUUGUUGUAACCUGGUUUAAGUGACUGACUGUCUUCCUAUUGAGGCUAAACAUAAACAUAUGUGAAUGUCGGUUUUUCUGUAAUGAUUGAAUUACACCAGAAUCUCCCUGUCAUGCCCAAUUCAGUGUUCAUAACAUACAGCUACAUGAGGAUGAGUAGUCGUAGCAAGAAAAUGAUUAAAAACAGCAUGAUAAAAUAACUCGAACUAGUAUGAGUUGAAACAUCUUAAAUAAAAUUGGCUGAUGUAUGUACUGUAUAAUGCA